CCUCAAUGGCGUCGCACGCUCAACACAUCAACCAUAGCGGAGCUCCUCCCUCCCCUUCCCCUUCCAUAUGGAAGACAGCUGCUCUAAAGCCAUCGCCCCCUCGCCAACCAUCUUUUCCGGCGACCUGUACGGAAGCUCCUCCUGCUCGGACGACUCACUUCUCGGAGAGCUCCCGGCUCCAGAUCUUCUCGUCCGUACUUCCGGCGGGUUGCGCAUUCCGGUUCACUCCAGUGUCCUGGCAUUGGUCUCGCCUGUAUUGGAGAACAUCAUAGACCAACCGAGGAAGCACCGGAGCUCCGAGCGGAUCAUACCGAUCCUCGGGGUUCCAAGCGAGGCGGUCGCUGCGUUCAUCGGAUUCCUCUACUCCCGCAGGUGCUCGGAUGAGCAAAUGGAGAAGUUUGGAAUCCAUCUCUUGGCUCUGUCCCAUGUGUACUCAGUCCCACAAUUGAAGCGGAGAUGCACAGAGGGAUUGGGUCAAAGGCUGACGGUCGAAAACGUGGUGGAUGUUCUUCAACUCGCAAGGCUCUGCGACGCUCCUGAUCUCUACCUCAAGUGCAUGAAGCUGGUCUACGGCAACAUCAAGACUGUCGAGAACACCGAGGGGUGGAAGUUCAUGAGCUAUCACGAUCCAUGGCUCGAGCUCGAGAUCUUGCAGUUCAUUGAUGAAAAAGAAUUGAGGAAGAAGACGACAAGAAGGUAUAGAGAAGAACAGAGGCUGUACUUAGAGUUGAGCGAGGCAAUGGAGUGUUUGGAGCACAUAUUCACAGAGGGAUGCACCACUGUUGGUCCUCAUGAUACGGAGAUCACCACCAUGAAUAUGAAGAAAGAGCCAUGCACAAAGUUCGCUAUUUGUCGAGGCCUCCAGCUCUUGAUUCGGCAUUUCGCUGGCUGUAAGGACAGAGUCAAUGGAGGCUGUUCGAGAUGCAAAAGGAUGUGGCAGCUGCUGAGGCUGCACUCAUCGAUCUGUGACAAGCCUGAUUCUUGCCGGGUCCCCCUCUGCAGACAGUCGAAACUGAGAUCGCAACAAGUGAAGAAGAAGAAGAGGGAAGAUACGAGAUGGAAGCUGUUAGUGAAGAAAGUGAUGGCAGCAAAGGUGAUGUCCUCCUUGUCUCAGUCCAAGAGGAAGAGAGCAGAGGAUGAUGCAACAGACACCAUCCGCGAUCAUGGGAUCAGAAGCUUCAGACUGUGAUCAUGUCCACAUAAGUUAGGAUUAGCUUGUAAUUAGCUCAGGUUUGAUAUAGAGGCUCAAAUGUAGUGUCAUAGAUUUAUCCAAAUGAGAUCGAAUUGUCCGUUUUGGCCCGGUCGACAUUAGUUUUCCUGUCUAUCUUUUUAAGUAUCUGUAAAAAAAGAAUCGUGUGUCCUUCCAUCCUUUAUUUCUUGGACUGGACCCACAACUAGAUAUUUUGUUAUAUAGUUGGACCUUGGGAGAAAUUUCCUUUUAUUAGA